AUGUCGAUAUCAGAGGGACGAAAUCCAGCCAUGGAACUGAUGAUUCAGAAAAGGUCACGUCUAAUGACAAACGAAGGCAGACAGAAGGCCUUAAGUUAUGUCCCUCGAUCAAGUGAUGUGAUUGUUGCUACCCCAGCGAAAUGUGGCACAACAUGGAUGCAACAAAUUAUGCAUCAACUACGUAGCGGAGGCAACAUGACCUUCACAGAUAUCGACGAAGUUGUUCCAUGGAUUGAUUUGGCUUAUGAUGUUGGACAAGACCUCGAUGCCGAACACAAAUAUCAACCUAGAUGCUUCAAGACGCACGCCUCGUAUGACGUCUGUCCUAAAGGCGGAAAAUAUAUUGUUGUCUAUCGGGAGCCUUGUGCAUCAUUCUACAGUGCAUUCAAUUUCUUCGAAGGAGUAUAUUUUCAACCUGGAGAAAUAACGCUUGAUGAAUACGUGAAAUAUAGGAUUUCCCCAAAUAAAAGGAUGCAUCAGAAUUACUUCCAUCAUUUGCUGAGCUGGUGGCCAAAACGAAAUGAUCCGAAUGUAUUGUUUCUUCUAUACGAAGACAUGUUGGAUGACUUGGAAAGUGCAGUGAGGGCCGUUGCAUCGUUCAUGUGUAUUGAAGAUGAAGCUAGUAUAGCAAAUGCGGUGAAAAUGAGCACAUUUGAUUUCAUGAAGCAAAGUCGAGACAAGUUCGCAUCCAACCUCUUGUCAAGUUAUCGGAAUAAAGCGUUGGGAAUACCAGAAGGAGUCAGACUUCAACGUGUUGCUACGGGUUCUGCAACAAAAGGACGGGAAAUGAUGGACGAGGGUACCAAACAAGCUGUUCAAAUAAUGUGGAAUGAAACUGUUACAAAAGAGACGGGUUUUCAAGAUUACAGUGAGUUUAGAGAGGCUUUGAAGACGAGGGAAAAACAGUCCUAA